GAAUCCAAGAUAUUCAAACCUUCAGAGGAUACAACUAGCAGAUCAGAGGGCAGUGAUGGUAACACUCCUUGGCUUACCACUGGUCUCCCGUUUAAAUCAAAGAAUCCUGCAAGCAACCCAAAGAACCAAAGAACCACAUCAAAAAGAAAGAUAAAAAAGAAAAGAAAGAGAGAAAGGAAGGAAAGGACUCCAAAGGAGUGCAUUAGGGACCCUCCAGAACUUAAUAAAAUUCUCCCAUCUUUGGCUGAGAUUGAAGCAAAAAACAGAAAACAUGCUGAUCUUCCUGUUGAUGUUUUGUUACUGACAGUGGAGGAUUGUGAGUUUUUAGCUUGUUACAGUGAGCUAAAAAACCCUUAUAGAUGUUUUUUUCAUGAUCUUGGUUUUGUGUACUUUUCUGAUGUGGGUGAAAGUCAAGAGGAAGUUAAAGUUGCAUUGUUAAGAUGUUACAAAAGUGGUCCUGGUGGUUCUCUCAUCUCUGUAAAGAAUGCUGCCACUGUGCUAAGACCUAGAGCAGUUAUAUCUGUUGGUGCAUGUAGUGGUCUUCACCCUGAGAAAUGCAAGUUAGGAGAUGUUGUUGUUUCUGCCAAAUUAGCAACAUAUGCAUCAAAAGUGGUUUUCAAUAAUCAAGAGCAGUCAACUGGCAUGAGGAGUUAUGUGAGCAAACGCUUCCUGGGUAUCAUUAAGAAUUGUGCGGAUGGCUGGAAAGCACCUUUGAAGAACCUGGCUGAUGCUCAACAAGUUCAAGUGUAUACUGCUGCUGAGUUUCUGACUGGACCAGAACAAGUCAUUUCUGGACGGCGAUGUGAUCAACUUGCUGAAACAAAUCCUCAGGCAAUAGCAAUGGAAAAUGAAGGGGAAGGUAAGUUGACUGUUGUUUUUGUUUGUCAUUACAGCAAAAUAAUUAUAUGUAAGUACACUGUACAUGUUUGAUUAUGGCAAGUCUUGCCUGACCCUCUGGAAAAAUUUUUGGCAUUUUAAUCUCCCUCCCCCUCCCCCUCCCCCUCCCCCAUGGAAAUUCCAUUGAUUAUCCAUGGGUAAGUUAUGGAUAUUUUUUGGAAAGACUUAUUCCAUUUAUAGGUUAUGGUUCACCUUUAUACUUGGUUUCAAUUUUAUUUUCCCUUGUUUGAAACUCAUUAUCAUACAUCACCAUACUCCAAAAUAAAGGAAAAUAAAAUACAAACUAAGGACAAAAUAAUAAUUAUUGAACAACAACGUAUACAAAGUUAACUGAAACCUUCCAUAAAAGGUAAAUCUUUUUUUCCUUAACUUUCUUCAUGAAUCAGCAUGAUUUGGGCUUAAAGAAUGGUAAUGACAUUAAAAUUUAGAGCUUUACUUGAGGUGGAAAGAAAGCAUAAAAUAUUAAAUAAAUUCAACACCUUGCUGGCCAGGAGCCUUUUGUAUGAGGUUGAUUCUUGAAUUACCCCACAGGGGACUUUAGGAAUCUAAAACUUCUCUGUCAAGGUCAUGCCAUUAUUUUUGUAAAACAUUGCUGAUACUUGUAAAAUGUUCUGCUCCUUACCCCACCCUCCCUUUAGUAAGUUAAUAUGUUUACUAUGCGACCCUAAUGUUCCACUGGUAAGCAGUGAGAUGGCGCCAGUGUGGAUGCCACUCAAAGGGUUGUCAAGGUUAUGUGCUGCACUUGGUAGCAUUUUGGGUCCACAAGCCUUGCAGGCACCUCGCCAUNGGAGCCUUUUGUAUGAGGUUGAUUCUUGAAUUACCCCACAGGGGACUUUAGGAAUCUAAAACUUCUCUGUCAAGGUCAUGCCAUUAUUUUUGUAAAAAAUUGCUGAUACUUGUAAAAUGUUCUGCUCCUUACCCCACCCUCCCUUUAGUAAGUUAAUAUGUUUACUAUGCGACCCUAAUGUUCCACUGGUAAGCAGUGAGAUGGCGCCAGUGUGGAUGCCACUCAAAGGGUUGUCAAGGUUAUGUGCUGCACUUGGUAGCAUUUUGGGUCCACAAGCCUUGCAGGCACCUCGCCAUCACUCAUCUUUGAGUUUUAAUAUUACACAUUUACAGACCUUUUAAGCAAAAAUGGCUGCUGUUGUUUUUCCAUACUCUAAAAAUUUGUCCAGUUCUUGGUUUAUAGUCUGUGUAGUUGUGAUUGAUUCUAAUAAAACUGAUCUAAAUUUAAGAGAUUUCUAUUGGAAAAAGCCACCCAGGUAGCCCACCGUGCCUUAUGUUUCUUUAAGUUAACUUCUCAUAGAAUAGGAGUAGACUUGUACCCUUAAAACUCCAUAAACUUUAAUCUUAACUUUACUUUAACUUGAUGCGUAAUGUAAAUAGUUUAAUUCUAUUGGUACGUUUUUAGAGGUGUGCUAAAGCAAUAGCAGCUGAAUGAUGUCUCUGAGGUCCACACAAUUUUUUUUGUGCAUGUACACAGGACUGUCUUAAAACUAAUGUACUGUUUGUUUUGUUUUCCUACAGGAGUAUUUGCAGCAGCAUUUGAUUGUGGAAUUGAGUGGUUAAUUGUGAAAGGAAUAGCUGAUUAUGCAGAUGGCUCUCAGCUGACUUCUGAGAGUUGGUCUUCCUGUGCAAGUGUGAUGGCAGCAUCUCUUGUUGCACACAUUUUGAAUGAACCCUGCGUUUUUCAUUCAUGGCCUCAUUAUCAAGGUAACCAUUCUCAUAAAGGGCAUAAAAAUUAUGAUUUAUUGAAUCCAUUGAUGGGUUACUUAAUACAGUCACAGAUAAGCUACAUGGUAUAAAUUAUACGCACUUUGGGUACACACAUGUAUUAUCCCAAAUUCAGGUGUCCAAUACACCCCACUUGUUCAAAUUGUGUAA